AUGGCCGCGAGUCUACGCAGUUGCCUUCAGCGCUCGGUCGAAGCGAGUCCGCGUGGGGUUUUCACAGACACCCUCAACGGCUCAAUUUUCAGGGUUAAUACCGUCUCUCGCUUGCAAAACCUACAGUCGCCUGCGACGUUCGGCCUGGUUCUGUCCAGCUCUACCAGCUUCCCGAGCAGUGCGCGAACAACAUCAACCCAACGGCGCGGCUUCUCUUCCCUCACACCUCUCACUAUUACGACCUCCAUAACACAGACACAACUCAACAGCAGCAGAGCGCAGUUCACUACAUCUACAAAGAUGGCCUCCGACGAGGACUACCUUGCCUUCCUCAACAAGGCGAACGAGCCUUUGGCUGCUAAGCCCCCGCAGAAGACGGAUGCGACACGUGAGGAAGUGUUUCAUGCUACGCAGGAGGGGGUGGAGGUGCCCGAGUGUUUGGUGAGCGCCUGUCAGCAAGCAGAGGAGAAGGGAUUGUGCUAUGUGAGUGAGACGGAUGAGCCGUUUGAGCUUGUUGGGUUGGCGUUGGAGGGGGAGGAGGAGGUGUUGCCGGAUGAGGAGACUUUUGCCCGACUGAUCGGACACCCGGCACCUACCGAAGCAGAGAUUCAGAUCCUUGACCCGGUCGAAUGGGACAGUACUGGGCAGUACACCGAGAUUGUCGAUGCUGUGCGUGAAGCUGGUGAGGGCAGCGACGUGCGGGUAUAUCGAGUCGUGAAGGACCAUGUCAGGGUUUACUAUUGGGUUGUGACGGUUGCGAAGGGGAAGAGGCUGGUGGGGGUUAAGGCUUUGAGCGUGGAAAGUUGA